CUCUCAUCACCUUUCAUAAACGGUGAAUGUUGGAGGGAGACUCGGGGCGAAGGGAGGCGGGAGAGGAAAGAGGCGGAGAGAGGGAGGCAGGACGGAUGAGCGUCAGUGAGGUUGUGGAAGCUCUUUGGAGCAACAGUUAGCAAAGCAGGAGGAGGCAAAAGAAGAACAUUCAGAAGGAGUGGGACCUCUGGCCACCAUCUGGAGGACGUCAUUUUUAAAGACGGGGUGCCGCGUGUGGUGAGUGAUGGAGCGGUGCACUCUGAGCGAGGGGGAGCAUCCUGCUGAUGCUGCAGUUCAGGUGGACUCGCUGCUAACCUCCAUCAUCAUGUGACACUCUGCUGAAGGAGGACAAAGGAUCUCCGCAGACGUCCUCUCCAGAGAAAGUUCCAGAAUGCUCCCCGUUUGGUUUUUCCUGCUGCCCUCGCUCCUCAGAGCCCAGGUGACUCCAGCAGGAGAUGUGAUGGAGGACGUGAGCAACAACAACAUCAGCACAGGAGACCCGCCAGGUCCCUCAGACCCGACAGAACCUGCAAGCGGGGCCACAAAUAUCUCCCAAGCUCCCCUGGAGGAUGACUGGACCCCCGCGGAGAACUUCUUGUACACUGGAGAUUCUUCUGCAGUGGAGGUGAGGCGCUGCUCGCGGGCCUACGGCCUACUGGGUCAGUCCGGACCACUUCCAGACAGCUUCAGCGCCCCUCUGAGACCGGCGCUGGACGCUUUGGCCAACACGGCCAAUUUUCUCAACAUGAUCUUCCAGGCCAGCGACCUGCGGGAGAGUACAGUGCAGGAGGACAUGGAAUGGUACCACGCUCUGGUCCGGGCCCUCCUGGAGGCAGACGGACUCAUCCGGCGUUCCUUGCUCACCUUCGACAGCGACCCCUCCAGCCCGGCGCCGCAGCUGGUGCUCCGGGCCAGUCGUGGCCUGGCGAGCAAGAUGCAGGCCAUCGUGCUGCAGGACUUAUCCAAGACUUGGGAACGCCUUCACCUGCCGCCCCCCGCCCCCGACGACAGCUGGUUCCGCCACUUCAAGUUCCCGGAGUCCAGUCCGCUUCAGCCCGCCUUGUCCAAGAGGGUCCUCCUCAAUGACCUCAGCACCUUGGACACGCCCAAGUGGGGCCGGGGCGACAGCUACGUGACCAACAGCAGCGGGGUCCGCUGGGCCAGCGCCCCCUACCUGGACUGUCAAGAUGGCCGCUUUGUGCCCAGGUGGAUGCUCACCUUGUCCACGUCCUUCUACGGACUCAAGCCAGACCUGACACCUGAAUUCAGAGGCGUGAUCCGUGUUGACGUGGACAUCCAGGAUGUGGACUUGGAUCAGUGCGUCACAGGAGACGGCUGGUUUGCCGACACACACCAGUGCAACCGCACCAGCAUGGAGUGCGUGCCCAUCCCGGGGCGGGGCUUCAGGCUGGGUCAGUACUGUUGUCGCUGUAAAGAAGGAUACUACAACCCUGAGGCAGCCAAUCAGGACACAGAUGGCGGCGGCGAGAACACGAGCGAAAGCGGCACCAGCAGUCGGUGUUACCCGUCCAUGCCCACCUGCCUGCCAUGCUGGCCGGGUUGCCGUAGGUGCCAGGAUGGCGCCCCGUGCUGGGUGCAGGAGGACUGGCCGCUGAGGGCUGGCGUGCUGGCUGUGCAGGGGACCUUCAUGGCGCUCAUCUUCAUCAGCAUGCUGGUGGCUUACCGCCAUCGACGGAGCAGGAGGAUACGGGCGUCUGGACUCCUGCUGCUGGAGAUCAUCUUGUUUGGAUCGCUGCUCCUCUACUUCCCUGUCUUCAUCCUGUACUUCAGGCCCAGCACGUUCAGGUGCAUCCUGCUGCGCUGGGUUCGGAUGUUGGGUUUUUCCAUCGUCUACGGCACGCUCACUCUGAAGAUGUACAGGGUCCUUAAGGUGUUCCUGUCCCGCACGGCCCAGAGAGUCCCGUACAUGUCCAGCCUCCACCUGCUGAGGAUUCUGGGAGUGAUGCUGAUGACCGUCAGCUGGUUCCUGUGUGCCUGGACGGUGGGGGUCCUGCAAAACCGCGACCGGAACAUUCCGGUGUUUGUGACAGGCAGCACAUAUGAGGGCCAGGACUUCAACCUGUGCUACCUGGACCGCUGGGACUACAUGAUGGCUGUGGCCGAGCUCCUGUUCCUGUGCUGGGGGAGCUCCCUGUGGACCGCUGUCCGGCCGGUGCCGUCUGCCUUCCACGAGCCUCGUUAUAUGGGCAUCGCCAUCCACAACGAGCUGCUUCUCUCCACCAUGUUCCACCUGUGCAGGUUUACGUUUCCUUCUCUGCAUCCCGACUGGAUGCUGCUCCUCUCCUUCGCCCACACCCACGUGACCAUCACCGUGACGCUGGCUCUACUCUUCAUCCCAAAGUUUCUGUACAUGAGCAAACCCGGCAGGGAGGAAAUCGCCGCUGAGGUGUACGAAGACGAGGUGGAUCUGCGGCGGUCGUACCUCAACAGCAGUUUCCGGUCCGCUUGGAGUGAGCGCAGCGUGGAUCCUGAUGACUUCCGGGAUGAACUGAAGAGAUUAUAUUCCCAGUUGGAAGUCAACAAAGCCAAGAAGAUGAGCGCAAAUAAUCCUCAUCUACCAAAGAAGAGAAGUUCUCGAUGCACUUUGGGGAGAUCCAUCAUCAAAAGAAUCGCGGUGAGCCGACAGUGCAGUCGCGAGGACAGAGACGGAUCCUUCCGAAGCGGGAAUCACUCCGGGUCAUUUCGGAAGGCAGCGGACAACUUAAGCAUCAGAAGUUCAAUCAAGUCACCAACCCCGUCUCCGUAUAAGUCCCGAAGUGAUCACUACUAUGUCCGAGACGGGGGCUCCUUCUCGCGGGACUCGUCCACGCUGAAGAUCAAUGCUGUGAAAAGAUCCUCUCAGAGAUCCGAGACCGAUUCUUUAGACAUCCAUCCAGCAGUCUGCAAAUCGGUCAGUGCGCAAAAUUUGACAAUUGACACCAACCUGUUGCACCCAGACCACACCAGGCUUCACAAGUCCUGGAGUCUAACGUCGACUACUAAUCAUUCUGUGGAGAACAUGACCAUGGCUAACGGGUCCACGUCCCGGCAGAGCCUCUCUAUUAGCGAGCAGACCAGGAGCGCGCUACAGUCCGAGUCUUUUGACAAAGCGGAGGUUUGUCCUUGGGAAGUGGAGCAAGGACAAUCAGGAGACAAAAGCCACAAGCACGUCACCUACGCCGAAUCUCAGGAUGAAGAAACGCAGAGUCCCACCUCGCCAGUCGCUCUCGUAUGCCCCUGGGACCACUUACUGCCUUUGGAGAACAAUCUCCCACAAGACAAGGCAGAAUCCGAGUCCCCAAAACCACAGUCUCCAGUGUCCGCAAGCGCACCGGGGUCUCCAAGACCCAAAGUCAAUAAAGAUCAGCGAGUAUUUUCGUUCCGAAACACCACCACCAAGUGGCUGUCGGUCAAAUCCUUCCUGACUUCAGUGGAAGCAGCAAGCAGGUCCAGUAAAGACCAACCUUUAAAUACAGAAGAUUCCGUCUCACAGAAAAGUCAAGAAAGUGUCUCCUCAACAUCCAGGUCAGGAACAUCCAGUAGACAUCCAAGCAACCUUCAAAGAAGAAGCAUGACAACCACAGAUGGAAAACCUUGCCUAGUCAAGCAGAACGCCAUCCGACUGUCCUCUGGGGAUUCUUCUGACAGGAGUCCAAGAAGGCUGGUCAUUGUCAAGUCCGCCAUCUAUCCUGGAGAUGCGGAUGAUCUUCAAAGAGACGGAACAUAUGAAAAUGUCCUUCUGUCCAGGCAGAGCAGUAAACGAAGCAGCAUAAGCUCCUGGGACACUUCCAGCAGCUCCAGGACGCCUUCGACUCACCGAAGAGGAAGCAAAAGACUUUCAUUUCGGAAUGUGUCUCAUGCGGAUAUUUGUCCAUGGGAAGGACCCUCAGCUCCACAGAAAGGCGAGACCUCCAAGCAGCAGCAAAGCAUGAAAUCAGACAUCUGCCCGUGGGAGACGGCGGCGUCCGCUGUGUGUCCGUGGGAGUCUCACCAGCAAGAUAUCGUCAAAAGACAAGAAAGCGGUCGUUCAGACGUGUGUCCGUGGGAGUCCCAGGAUGUUCCGUCGAGUUCUCAUGCCGUCCCCUCAAAGACACAACUGUCUCUGAAACGUUCCGCAGACAUCUGUCCGUGGGAGACACCCACAGGAACACCGCUACCGAUAAUAAAACAAGACAGCGAGUACGCCGAUGUCUGUCCUUGGGAUGUUCAGGAAAAUGCUGAAGUUGUGUAUGAGAACCUCAAUCCCAUCCAGACCAAAGGAUCCCUCAAGGUGCCCUCAAGACAAGUAGCAAUGAAAGCCGCGGUAUACCCGACUAUGUCCGGUCAGAGACAACCCAACCCCGCUAAAUCUCCAGUCCAGCUUAUGGAAAGAAAAAUAACCAAGACAGAAGAAAGUUGUCCAUGGGAUUUCCCAGAUCCCCCCCAAAUUAUGGACGAUGGCUGUCCUUUGGAAGUAGAACCAACGACUAGAAUCUCACCUUCACAAAUGAUCAUCAAGGCGGACGUCUGUCCCUGGGACAGCGGACAACAGGACAAACUAAAUGACCCAAAAGGCGUCUUAACUUCAGACGUUGCAUCAUUCCAACGGAAGACCGCCAAUCUCAGCAUCAACGUAUGUCCUUGGGACAACGAACAGUCAAUAUCGGCAAAAACAGACCUAAUGUCGAAAAAUCACGUGAGACAAGAUACUUCCCGAGCAAAUAUCUGUCCAUGGGAGACAGAGGACGCAACGGAAGUCAAAACAGAAGCAUCGGAAAAACAACAGCAGCAAGGAGCAGCGGCACAGAAAAUUCAGCAAAAGCAGGACAGCGUCAGAUCCGAUGUUUGUCCCUGGGAGACCGAAGAACCGAUGGUUUUGAAAAAGCAAAACAGUUCUCGAGAAAGUGUUUGUCCCUGGGAGACCGAAGGACCAAAAGUACUUACAAAACAAGACAGUUCAAGAGGUGAUGUUUGUCCCUGGGAGACGGAAGAACCAAAGGUUUUGAAAAAGCUAAACAGUUCUCGAGAAAGCGUUUGUCCCUGGGAGACCGAAGGACCAAAAGUACUGACAAAACAGGACAGUUCAAGAGCUGAUGUUUGCCCCUGGGAGACGGACGAACCAAAGGUUGUCAAAAAGCAGGACAGUUCUUUAGAAAGCGUUUGUCCCUGGGACACUGAAAGACCAAAAGUACUUACAAAGCAGUCCAGUUCCAGAACAGAUGUUUGUCCUUGGGAAGUGGAGGUUUUGGAGAAGCGUAACAGUUCUGGAGAGAAUAUUUGUGAAGACACAAAGAAGCAAGAUGGCACAAGAGGAGAUGUUUGUCCCUGGGAGACAGAGGAGCGGGACAGUUCUAAAGCGGAUGUUUGUUCCUCGGACAAAGAAAACCCUAACAGCACCCGUACCAGCGUAUGUCCAUGGGAGACUGAGGACUCAGCAGUCCUGAAUAAACAAGAAAGCGUACGUCCGGAUGUCUGUCCGUGGGAGACAGAAGAAAGAACAGGAAGUGUCCAAGACCAAGAUAGCUCUGGAACCCAAGUUUGUCCUGGUGUGAUCCAGGAUCCGUACAUCCCAAGCAACCCCAACGAGGUCUUGGGGGAUCAGGGUCUUCUCAGCGAAGAGCAGGACGACGGUACUAAGGCCGGCUUGGCGCUAGGUCGCCGUGACGCCUUGUGUCCCUGGGAGAUGGUAAGAAGCAGCUCCGGGUCGUUCACAGACAACAACUCGGACGUUUUCACGUGGGAACCUGAGAACAUUCCCGAGGAGGAUGAGGAUGACGAUGCGGAAUGUGCCGCUGAGGCACUCAUAUUCCCUCCUGACCUUUGACCACCCCUGACUUUUGGAUGGGCGAUGGAGUCCCGUUUCUCUUCCUGUUCCUUCCUUUCAUUACCAAGCUGAAGUGGUGCCAAGGCAUAGUGCUUGCAAUAGCAAAUGUAGCCCAUGCGAUGGCGCUGUUUUUCCAAGUAAACUAAAUGAGAAUAUAUUUAAAGCAAUGCAGCCAAUGGAGAUUAUAGUGGGAAGGACAUAAUUUCAUAAUAAUACAUAAAUAUAAGAAGAUGUCCAAAAGGUUAUGUUCAAUGCUAAUGUUAUUUUAGCAGCAUGACGGUGGAAAAGUACAAUAUCAUUCCCUUUGCUAUCAUUUAAUGAUUUAUCAGGUGUUUUUUAUUGGAUGAGUUUUAUGAAUGUUUGUCUUGUUGAAGGAAAGUAUAAACAUAUUCAUGUAGGAAGUAAGAAAGCGAGUGUGUGUCUUUUAUGACAGAUUGCUCAGAUUAUUAUUAUUGUUAUUUUGCCGGGCAAGUAGGGACAUUUUAUUUUUGUACUUCCCAAUGGUAACAAUACAGGAGAGUCAUGAGAAAUAAAUCUUAGCAUUCGUGAACAUCUGUUUAUCGCCAUUUUCUCUACUCGUACACAUGACGUGUGAAUGAUCAACGAUCAUCCUGCCUGCUGAUGUUUAGUGACAAAAAAAAAAAAGCUUUGCAUGUCCUACUGUGGUUUGAAGCAGCACCACCCGGUGGCUCAUUUAGACCACUGCACUGCCUGCGCUUUGGGAACUUGAUAGUUGAGGGCCUCGAAUUCUUCUCCCGGCUUCAGGUCUGGACCCGGGAUCGCUACAGUCUAAAAGAAAGAGUUGGAUUGAAAUUAAUGGAGAGGACGCUUUAAAUCAGGGGUCUCAAACACACGGCCCGCGGGCCAAAUGUGGCCCGCAGGACACUAGUUUGAGGCCCCCGCCUUGAUAUGAAAGUUUAAUGUUAGUGCGGCCCGCGCAAGUUUGAUAUGGAUGCUGUAUGGUAUCAUGUACCCAGAAAAAAUUAUUACGUUUGAUUAAUGUUCAUGUUAAAGGUUAAAUAACUGUUAAUAGUUAUCCUCCCUAUCCGUGUGGAAGUGGUAAGUU